UUCAGACGCAUAUCAAAUCCUUGAGCGGUUACUUCAUCUUGCAGAGCAGCUUGGACAUAUUUUUACUAAGCCCAAAAGUAUCAACAGAACAAUUUCGGAUUUCGUGCUGGUAGCCAUCUUCUUGCAUACCUGCUGAACACAGAUCAACCUAUAGGAGAAUUAAAAACCAACAAACAAACAUUCGAAUGUGUUAUUGUCGACCUUCUACGAGGGAAUGCCUGCUUCACCAUGUAUACAAGAAAUUGGAUUUAGUCGAAAGAUGAAAUGAACUAUUUGACUUUUGUUCCGGAUAUCUGUACACCAGCGAAACAGUGCUACUUGUGGAAACGUUUUUAUCCAGCUACACUAUCAGUGAAAACAUCGAAGGGAUUCGUUUUGAUGGAGGGUCGUGAAAGUGACUACUACGACAAUCGACAACACAAGUCAGCCACCAGGCUCAAGAAAACUUACACAUCAGUAAUCAGUUUUUACGAAACAACGUCCUAUCUGUCGUUAAGCUCUUUUAUAGUAACAGUAUCGAGCUAAUUAAACAUAUUGAAGGAAUUGUCCGCUGAAAAGAACGGGAAUACUUAGUAUUUUGACCAUGGACUAGUUCAUUACAACAGCGCUUCACAUUUCCUUGCGUUUUACUGGACAACGUUAACUAUCCAUCGUAGAUAUCGAGGAACAGUUCAAUGUGUAUGCUGUCUCCAGUGAUGAUGCGUGCACCAGUGCUUUCUGCAGUCGCUAUCUAAAGACAUAAGAGCCUACAAGCGGCACCAAUUCUGUGACCCUGAUGAUCGACAAGCGAUGACGUAGAGGAAGGUGAUGAAACAAAGAUGUCUGCAGCACCAAAAACACAACGUAAGGUCCAGCAGAACAAAUGUAUUUCCAAACUCUUCUCAAGCAUGACAAAGGUCCACGAAGUCAACCGUCAGCACGAUCACGAGCUCAGCGUCAGGGUCGAAGAGCUGCGUCAGAAGGAACACAUGGAGAACGUCAGGCGUUACUCCGACAUCAGGCACCUCCAGCGCACCCUGUCCGAGAUGCGCAUGGAAAAGAACCGCUUGACGCACACGUUCACGCCAGAGGAAAUCUACAAUGACGAGGUUGCGCCAGUCAUGUCCUGGCGCAAGAUCCAAUUGAAACGAUUCCAAAACCAGCCCCGUAAACAGCGGAGGAAAUCGGACGCUACCCAGGCGCCGUUGGCCGUGGCCGAGAACGCCGAAUUCACAGCAAAGAAUAAGUUCAGGUCGGCGAUAAUGGCAGUGUGUCUGUCCAAGGCCCUUUCUCACAUACCUGAAAACAAGAGCGAAAGCACAGGAAAUGAAUCGAAGCAAAGUGAAAAAGAAAAGACUGACUCUAUCAACAAUUUGCGGGAACGUCUUAAGCAAGUUAAAGAUACGAAGGUAGUAACGAAGCAAACUCCAGACAAAGGGCACAAUGUUGGUGAUACCAAAAGUGAGACGGAGGAACAUAAACAAUCAAGACCCGAAACGUCCGAAACAGAAAGAUUAUCUCGGGUGCUUGAUAUCCUGAGAAACAGUUCAAGAGACAAGAGCAGAUCCUCAUGGACCAGAUCACUAGAUAAGAAAGUCAACGCUGUUCCAACGUUCGGCCAACUUCACCCAGUGCGUCGGUCGUCAUUGGUCCGCCGACCUGGCGACCCGCCGCGACGGCGACCUUCGACCUCAGACAUGAACCUUGACUCGUCACACUUUGUUAUGGACAAAGAUGGAACCAUUCGCAGAAUUUCGAGGCCCACUGUCAAGGACAACACCAGCACAGAAGAAAGUCGAGGGUCAAGGGUACAAAGUUCUUCUUAUCUUAGUACAUGUAGUAGGAAGGCAACACCUAACAGCUGUAAGGUAUACGCCGCAGAACCGUCGCGGCGUUGGAACGUCUCGAAUGACGCUUCGGCGAGUAAAAGCGGAUCGGCGCCGUCGUUCCUGGUGAAGAAAAGAUGCGAGUUGUUAAAAAGAGACAAAGAAAUGAUGGAUAGACUUCGUAGCUUCCUUGAUUCGACAUUGCCAUGAGAAACUGGAAAAACUAAAUAUCAUUCUGUUAGAUGAUAACCAUGACAAUCUGUGAUGCCUGUUGCGCGCGAGGCGUUAUUUGCUGACGUAAUCAUGCAGCGUCUCGCGUGCUCUGACGCGCGGCGUGAGAGUGAAAUCGUACAGAAACUGAAUGCAAAAUGCAGAGUUCAAAUUACUAGACCAUGCACGAAUUUGUGACUUCGGCAACUUAUUCUUAUUUGUAGAUUGUUUAAAUGUGUAUUCCAAGCUUCAUGGUGUCUUUAUAAUGAUGCAUACUGAUUCCAGUUUCCGUAAAUGGUAUUUAUGAAAAAUACACGAAACUGAAAUAACAUCUUACAUCUCCUUGGUAAUCAAUACAUGUUGUAUUUAGUUUGAAACAAUCCUU